AUGGUUGAUCCAAAUAAUCGAGAUAUUGUUCAUCAUAUAGUGUUAAUGGAAUGUGAUUCGAUAGCUGUAUUCAAUGAUAACAAAUUGCCAGAUGGUCCAUGUGAUGAAAUUAGUGAAAAUAUUUUUUCAUGUGUCAGAACUUUGACCACUGUAUGGGCUGUUCGUGGUGAUGAAAUAUUAGAAUAUCCAGAUAUUGGCGGAUAUUCAAUAAGUGGUGAUAUUGAGGUAAAAUAUUAUAUGUUUCAAAUGCAUUAUGAUAACCCAAAGCGAAUGUCUAGUAUUGAAUGUUAUCGAAUUUUAUAUUGUAUUGUAAUAUUUCCUUUUUGA